AUGUUGCCAGCAAGCAACAGCAACCUGAAUGUGCCUGCUCCCCAAGGAAACGGUCAAACUUGCAACCCCUGGACCCGUAACUCCACCUUGAACGGCUGCGUCAUCCCGCAGAUUGAGAUCGGGCAGCUGGACACAACAAUUGGGGUUCAGGAGGUGCCCUUUGGAAACCUGACAUACUGGUUUGACAGCUCAUCGCUGUACAUGAGCAUCACCCUGACACAAGGGAUGAUGAACAAGCCCAUCGGGGUGUUUGUCAGCAAGACAACGCCGCCGAUUGGGCCUCCACCCCGCCUGGACAAUCAGGGCAUGUGGAACACUGAUGGAUCAGACCCCAGCUGGGAUCUGCUGGUGUACAUAUCUGUGGCCACAUUUGCGUGCGCCCAGGCAGAGGGUGACACCUGUGCAUGCAAGGGCGUUACGGACAGUGUGGGAGGUAACCUGUGCAUCUACCAGCCUGAACCGGGCAAGAAAAUACCUACAAGCAGCCCCUCGCGCUUUUCACGCGCACCCUUCUCCGGCUGCGAGUAUGUCAUCGCACGCUAUUGCCCUCCCGGCUUCACCGGCGGCGACAUCGGCGAUUCCUGCAUGGCCAACGCGGAGCGGUGCAGCGCGAACAACACAUGCGGCGGGGGCCCCUUCCCGGUGGCGCCGGACCUGCAGUGCAACGGGUUCAACCCGGAGGGCGCGGAUCUGGGGACGCUGGCGCGGUGCGCGACCAACUCGUACGACAACAACGGCUACCUCACCCUCGACUUCACCUGCGCCGCCGCAGCCUGCGUCGUCGACGCCGACUGCCCCCUGGGCUACAUGUGCGCGCUGGACACUCCCUGCCUGGACGCGAGCGGCCAGUGCACGCAGCGGUGCGUGCCGCUGGCCGCGGCCUGGUGCAAAGGCAUCUGCCCCAACGCACUGCAGUAUGUGCCCAGCUCCAACCAGGCAGCUGCCGCAUCUCCAGACCUGAGCAGCCUGUCAGGCGCGCAGCUCACACAAGCACUGGGAGCGCAGCCGGGGUCAAGCGAGGGCAGGACAGGGGCUUCCAAGUGGCUCCGUGCGCAGGACCCCUCUACCCAGGCAGCGCCGGUGCAGGCGCAGGUCAAGAAUGUGAUCGACCUGGGAUAGCGGUGGCGGCUUGUGGAAAUCAAGAAGACAUUGUGUGUGACUUUGUGGGACUGACAGCGUAAGGCUGACUACUGUAGCGUGACGCCUUAAUAGGUGAUUGGAAGGAGUGUUGAGGUGAUCAGUAGAUUCAGCUAUACAAAAUACACAUCGGACUAUUCCCUGCAUAAUCAAGGCAAGCGGUACUCUAGGAUAUUGCAUCUAUUUGGAAAGGAGAUAAUACUUCAGUGCAGGAUAUGACAUUGGUGUACUUCACUGUAACAGAGUAGAGUUGAAUUAGGCGCUUAUCAGUUAGCUACAGAAUCCUCCUGCAUCUUAGAGCGCACAGCAUGUGCUACAUGCUAAGACUCGCUUAAAUAUGCGAUCGCACCUAGAGGGAAGAACUGUAUAAAAGCAAUACUUACAGUACAGUGAUUACAGGAUACAGUUUUCAAGUACACUCUAGUCUAAGGUACAGAUGGUAUUCGAGAGAGCGACAUAGCCUCCCAUGCUCUCUGCAAAUGUUAUAAGGGAAACUACUAGUAC